AUGGGAGUUCGAGGAUUAACUACAUAUUUAAAUUAUAAUUCAAAUAUUUUUAUGAAGGAUUAUGAUCUACACAAUACUAACUUAGUAAUAGAUGGACAUAGCCUUUGUGCUCAAUUGUACAGAUCACUCAACUGCUUUUCCGCUUUUGGUGGUGACUACGAUAAAUUUGCUGCUUACGUUAAGACAUUUUUUAAGAAUCUAAAGAAAUGUAAGGUUACUCCAUAUGUAAUAUUUGAUGGUAGCUAUGAAAAAAGAAAGCUAAGAACGGCACACAGUAGACUUCGUUCAAAGAUCUAUGGUGCUUCCCGCCUCGAUCCAGUCACACAAGGAUCUCUUCAAAUAUUUCCUCUGCUAUUGCGGGAUGUUUUCAAGGAAGUAUUAAAAGAGUUGACUGUGAUGUAUACAAUAUGUGAAUUUGAGGCAGAUGAUGAAAUUGCUGCCUUAGCUAGGUAUUUAAGCUGCCCUGUACUAAGUUAUGAUUCUGAUUUCUUUAUAUAUAAUGUUGUCUACAUCCCAUUCAACACUCUAGAGAUAAAACCAAAGCAAAUUAUUUACGAUGAAAAGAAAGUCUUUGCAAUGGAGUGUAGGAUAUACAAAGUUGAAUAUUUAACUAAACAUUUUGGGGGUAUUGAAAAGGAACUAUUACCAUUAUUAGCAACUUUAUUAGGAAAUGACUUUGUUGAAAAAAAAGUGUUUUGUAAAUUCUUUUCUCAGUUAAAAACCCCUAAAGGUAAAAAAUCAAAAAAUGAACAACAGCGCUGCAUACAUGGGUUGUUUCUAUGGCUUCAAAAUGAGACAUUGGAGUCUGCUAUAACAAAAAUAAUUGGUAGGCUUAAAAAUCACCAAAAAAAUAAAGUCUUUGCUAUUAUUAUGAAAAGUAUUAAUGGCUACAAUAAAAAAGAAUGUAAAUCACUGAAAUAUUUCAAUUUGUCAAAUGACAGUAUUGAUGAUAUCAUUGACAUAAAAAUGCCUGAAGAAAUGAAUGAUGAUGAUAUUGACGACCAAUCAGAUGAGAAUAGAAGUUUGUCAAGUAAUGAUGAAUCUGAUAAAGAGUCAAAUAGUGGUUCUGAUAUUGAAGAAAGCCUACCAGAAUGGAUUGCUGAAGGCAUUCGACAUAAAACUAUACCACAUUCAUUUAUCAAUUUAUAUACUCAUCAUUUGCAUUUCUGUUCUCCUCAAGCUGAGGAUUAUUUGCAAGAUGAUGCCCAUUACUGUAUUCUACCAAUAAUAAGAUAUGCAUUUGAUAUACUAACAGACUUUGAACAAGAACAUUUUGUAUAUGUUAGUAGAGAGAAAGAUUGCAAUUACAAAAGGAUAUUUGUUGGAAAAGAGUAUGCAGUUUCUAAACCAAUAAUCUUACCAAUUUCACAAUUAAUUGGAUCCCAGCUGCAUGCAUAUUUCUAUCAUUUUUUUAAAGAAAAACUUCCUCAAUUGAACUUUGAAGUUUUGAACCUGCUUCCCUCAAACUUUCAACUUUUUGGACUAGCGCUUUUAUGGUGGGUUUCUAACUGUGAUGUUUCAGUAGGCCAACUACAAAGCUUAAUUAUGUGUUUCACAUAUUUAGAUGCAAUUGAUGAAAAAGUUGGCAGUACAAGAAGUUACUUUCACUUUAAUAAUAAGUUCUCUAAUAAAAUAUUGGAACUAAAAGAGAGAUCUGUAAUGGAAAUAUCUGAUGACCUACAAAUGAAUAAAAAUAAAGUUCAAUAUGAUGAUUGUAUAGUUGCCGCAGCCAUUCUAUUAAAAAACUUUGAAAUAGAUGAAACUAUAAGAAAAAAGCCUAAAAGUUAUAAUUCCAGGAGAAUACAUACCUUUGCUCAGUUCCAGUGUUGCCUUUAUGCAAUAAACUCUUUAAACACUCUAUGUGGUAGCCCAUUCGAAAGUACAAUCUAUUCAAAAAGUUAUAAUGGUACAUUCAUUUACAAUAUGGCUUUGAAACUUGAAAAGGAGAGGGAUCCAAUGUUAUAUUUGCAGAAAUAUUUAUUUGGUGCAACCAGUGUACUUAGCUUCUACAAAAGUUUAAACAUGAUAAUAUGUAGAUUAAUAAAUGAAUUAAAUUUGAAAUUUAAAGAUUGUAGUAUGGGAAAGAAAAAAAAUAGAAGACGAAAAACAGAUGAAGAAAUAACAUUUUUAAUUAAAGAAUUUGAGUCAGAAGUUAAAAUAUAG